GGUGUCUCUUGAUGGCAUUGGUUGAGAGAGGAACAGAAUGGCUGUUAUUUCCUGGUGCUGUAUUCCACCUAAUGGGAGGGUUACAGUUGUCAAUAACCGACGUCCAGGUUGCGGUAUUAUUUCCGAAGCUUAAAGCGACACUCACCUGUUUGGUAUCCGGUGCCAGAGACGUUAGCGGUUUUGUCCCUAUUCUUUUGAAGAUGGCGUACCAGGCCGGAGUGUCGUACAAGACGUGCAUGUUCAGCUUUGCCGGUAUCAUACUUCUUAUGUCUUCUGUCAACACAUUCACCCUUCCACCUAGACAGGAUGACGACGGGAAUAACAUUGAUGUAGACUGCUGUUUAAAGAUGAAUAAACGCAGCAGAAUAACUAAGGAAGCUUCUACUGGUAUUAACAAGUUUGAUCAGAAUGACGUGAAUGAAUCUACUGUUAAUGAGCCGUUUGUUCCAACAGGUAACGUCAAAGCAAAUAAGGAGACAACCAGCGGGGAAGCCGGUGAAAUAAAUUACCAGGAAGCUUUGGAUAUGCACACUUCUUACCAACAUUUUACCAAUGUCAGCCGCAAGGAAACGUGUUUUGACGGAAGUGCCCCGUUGAUUCACGGAAUGGAAAACCCUGACAGUAAAGAAAAUGACGAAAGCACUAACAUCGGUUUAUUACAUGGCACGCUUCUGAUUCUGAAGAGACCCAUAUUUUGGAUGCUGUUGCUGUGGCUUACAUGCCAGGGCACCGUCAUUAUCACAUACGAUGGUUGUUUUUAUGCGAUCAUCAGUUACUAUGGAAACAAUGCCAAAAGCACAAUAAGUACGUAUACAGACGUGUACUCCUGGCUCCAAGUGGUAUCUCUGUUCUGGGCCUUGCUUACUGGUCUGAUGCUUGAUAAACUAUUAACCAGGGCGACCCAAAACGACAAAGAGCACUGCUUCGUGGUUCCAUUCUUCUUGACUGUUUUGGCAGGCGUCAUCGUAUCCAUAGCGUGUAUCAUCCCCAUUAUCGAGAUGCAGCUUGUGGCCGUUGUCUUUCAUUCUGUGUUGAAAACCGGUACUUUCGCCGUGCAUUUUGCAUUCGUGGUAUCUGCUUUUCCAAAGGAACAUUUUGGAAAAGCAUUUGGAAUUCAAGUUACCGUCAGUGGUUUGCUGACCUUUAUUGAAUUGCCAAUAUUUUCCUGGUACAAGCACAGCUUGGAAAGUGACCCACUUUGGUUGGGAGUACUGUUUCUGGGAAUAUGCUUCACGGCCAGCUGUUUGCCUUUCUACCUUCUUUGGCGUAAGCGUCGAUACACUAGAUCUAGCAACUACACGCUUUAAAACAAAGUUUUGAAAAUGAAGGUCAACAUGCAGGAUCAGUACAUGUAGUGACACAGGACUGGACGAUUGAUCCAAUAGGAUACUUAGACCACAUACCCAUACCUAGAUCGAUCUGGCAAGAUCG